UGGCAUAGCAGGAAGCCAGGAACCAAUAAUUCUCUUCCAUGGAAGAAAAUGAAGAAUCCGUCCAACUAUUUCAUGGGUCCAUCAUGGCAUACUUAACAGUGACAAACUGACCAAAGCCAAGCUUAGGUCACAGCAAGUGGAGAUGGAGAUUUUUUCCAUACCUGCAUACCAUCCAGGUGCAGUGAAGGCAGAAUAGAAAUCCGAUUUCCGUUCCGCCUUACAACCAACCCCAAAUCCUGUGGAGCACCUGGCAUGGAGCUAUCAUGUUCUAGGGAAGCAGAUACAAUCCUACUUCACCCAAUUCUUGGAUUGUGCAAGGUCACUGCAAUCGACUACAGUUCUGGUACUCUUACUGUCAUCGCGCUUGAAGAAUCAUGGACUCGGUGCCCGCUUCAGAAGAUCUCUACCACCAACCUAUCAACUGGCGUAUGCAUACCUUACGCCCUUGAAACUGCAACCCUGAUACGCUGUUCAAGAGAGUUCAUACCAAAAUACGAAGCCAGUAUUUUACAAGGUUUGGGGGACAGUAUUGUUGGCCCAAUCUCUUGCCUGAGCAACACAAGCCAGUUUGUAUAUUUGAUGGCCAGUGGUGAAUCCAUGUCUCUUCUUCCCUUAGAUUGUACAGUGGUCUCCAACGGCAUUCCGAUACCAGAUGAUUAUCAUAGCAAAUCUGCUGCAUCGUUCCCCAAGUUCCCCAAAAGGGCCAAAAGAAUCAUCACAUCUGCUGAGGCAACGUUGAGUUGGUCGAUUCCUGACAUUGCCAACAUUUGUAUAGAAUGCGAGCAAAAAGGGCAUCACUGUGGAUUCAGCUCACAACGGAGGCAAGCAUUCUGCAAGCACAAUGGUUCCCGGGUCAAAGUCAUUGCAGCAACAUCGUCAGUAGCCACAUGUGUGGUUCUCUUGUUGGCGGCAGCCACUGCACUAUAUCUGUCCCUAAAAUCAAAGACUGAUGAAGAGGUACGUUUGAAGAUCGAAAUAUUUCUCAAGGCAUACGGCACAUCAAAACCAACAAGGUACACAUUCUCCGAAGUUAAGAAAAUAACAAGACGAUUCAAAGAUAAACUGGGGAACGGUGGCUUUGGAAGUGUAUACAGAGGUCAGCUAGCAAGUGGAGUGCCUGUGGCAGUAAAGAUGCUGGAGAACUCAAAGGGCAAUGGAGAAGAUUUCAUAAAUGAAGUUGCGACCAUCGGUAGGAUCCACCAUGCCAAUGUGGUUCGUCUCUUAGGAUUUUACUCUGAAGGAACAAGGCGUGCUCUUAUUUAUCAAUUCAUGCCUAACGGAUCACUGGAGAAAUAUAUAUUCGCACAUGAAUCAGAUAUUUUUCGGGAACUAUUAGCACCCAACAAAAUGCUGGAAAUAGCAUCAGGCAUUGCACAAGGAAUCGAAUACCUGCAUCAAGGGGGCAAUCAGCGCAUCCUCCACUUCGACAUCAAACCUCACAACAUCUUGCUUGACUGCAGCUUCAAUCCAAAGAUUUCAGACUUUGGCCUUGCAAAGCUGUGUGCAAGGGAACACAGCAUCGUCACACUGACUGCAGCUAGAGGAACAAUGGGCUACAUUGCCCCAGAACUAUAUUCUCGUAACUUUGGGAGAAUAUCCAACAAGUCCGAUGUUUAUAGCUUUGGCAUGCUAGUGUUGGAAAUGGUGAGUGGGAGAAGGAACUCGGAUGCAUGGAUCGAGAACCAAAAUGAGCUUUACAUGCCAGAGUGGAUAUAUGAGAAAAUCAUCACGGAGCAAGAACUGGAAUCAACAAGGGAGAUGAAGCAAGAAGAGAAGGAGAUAGUAAGAAAGCUGGCUAUUGUGGCACUAUGGUGCAUCCAGUGGAACCCAAAAGAUCGCCCAUCUAUGCCGAAAGUGUCAAACAUGUUAACAGGAAGCUUGCUGAGCCUAACAAUGCCUCCUAAGCCAUUUGUAUCGUCUCCGGGCUACAUUACGCGACAAAUUUAAAAUUUUCCUCUACAGAUACUCUGAAAAUGUGUUUCAGACAUUGAGACUAGGUAUGCUGCUUCUGCAGUAACAGCUAUUGUAUAUGACACUUGAUUUUCAACCCGAUUAGCACAUCUAUGUAAACUGUAUGGCGUGUCUACUUGAGAUGUCGCAAUUGUUUGCAAUC